AUCUGAGACUGUGCACGCAUGCUUGAUUUGGAGAGUCCGUGGGGAUGUCCUUAAAAUGCUAUUUUCUCAUCGGAUAUCAGAUGGCGAACGGACAGCUGUCAAGGGCCGAGGCAUUGGCCUGCUCAGGCUGCAGACACGCGUGUCACGUGAUGCUCUACUCUGACACCAAAAGUCAGCUUUUUGGGAGAAUUCCCAUCAGGCAUAUCAUACUGAUGCAGAUGCGCUUUGACGGUAUGCUGGGUUUCCCUGGCGGGUUUGUAAACCAAUCACAGGAGAGCCUGGAGGCCGGGCUCUGCAGGGAAUUAGAGGAGGAGGUGGGUGUAGCUCUUUCCAUAUCAGAAGACGAUCAUAUGGACGCUCAGCAUGCUCCUGGUACCUCCCCCUCGUCACCCCGUCUCAUCACUCACUUCUAUGUAAAAAAGCUAGAGGAGGAGCAGAUAAGGGAGGUGGAGAAAGCCUCUGUAUCCACGGCAACAGAUCACGGCCAGGAGGUUCUGGGCAUGGUCCGAGUUCCGCUCUACACCACAAAGGGUGGGGGAGGCCUCUCAUCAUUCCUGUCACACACAUUCAUUGGGAAUGCUCGCUCCCAGCUGGUGAACUCUUUGCUGCGUCUCCACCUCGUUGCCCCCGAGGACCUGCGCAAAGCCCUCAAGCACUCGCUGAAGAUGCACGCACGCAGCGCAGUGGAUGUGCAGGCAGUGCUCGAACUGACGGAGGCCGAGAGAGAGCAGUCUUGAUUCACGGUUACUCAAGACAGGGGCGUCGAAAUGGAGGGAAAAGUGGGAAUGUUUUACCAGCGCCCCAAGCACCUGGGAGGCCCUGGGCUUUUGUAAAGUUUUGAAGAUAGUUUUCUUGUAUUUAAAUAUGUCAAAAAUCAAUGUAAUA